GGAAGCGGUGCGUGGAGGGGCGGAAGCAGCGGGCAGGGCGGUGGCAUCACCAGCGGUCCCGGUUCGGGUCCCGGUCCCGGUUCGGGUCCUGGCCCCGGCACCAUGUCGGGCAGCUGUUGCCAGGGCCAGACUCCAAGUCGCGAUAUCCCCGGGCCCGGGAAACGCCUCGCCCUGCCCGACGGCGCUCCGCUGCCUCCCGGGGACUACAGCACCACCCCGGGCGGUACCGUGUUCGGGACCACACCGGGAGGUACCAGGAUCAUUUAUGACCGUAAGUUUUUGAUGGAUUGUCGGAAUUCUCCUGGUGCCAAAACUCCUCCCUCGGACCUCCCGGACAUUCCAGGGGUUACCAGCCCCAAGGUGGAGGAGCUGAAGAUGGAGAACAACCACAUCCAGAGCUGUGAUGAGAAAGCAAACACGGCUGAGGAAGAGCAGUUUGACAUGGACAUCUAAAGCCUUGGGGAUGCUGCUCCAGUGAAAAACCAGGAUCUUCUCCUGAGGAUUCCCACCAGCCAGGCUUCAAAGCAGCCCAAGCCUCCAGUGCCUUCCUGCUUCCUGGGAAAAGCUGUGGGAUUUUAUUUUUUUUUCCCUUUGGGAACAGUGUCCUUGUCACCAGGACAGAGCCUCUCCUGUGGCUGCAGCCCCUGCUGAUGAUGGGAGGAGACACUCUCAAUGAUUUGGGGUUUUUUUGGGGUAUUUUUGGGGGUGGGGUUUGGUUCUAGCUCUGUGCUUUUGUUGAUCA